CCCCUACCGGUACCGUGAACGUUAUUUAUGAGUGCCCGCGCCGCUCACGGGCGUGUGCGCGCUGGCUUUGGGUUAUUAUGUUGGAAUAAUCAGAACCGAUGUGCGGGUCGGUCCCGGUCCCUGAGGUCUCCGCUCCGUCUGCUUGAAUCCGCGCUUUGAUUCAUCGCGGUGAGUUCGGUUUGGUUCGGUGGUGUCUGCAAUACUGGGUCAAUACACCGAGCCGCCUCCUCCUGAGGUACGUUGGCAGGGCAACAGCUGACUGAGGAUGUCAUCGUGGUAGUGGGCAGGGCUACAUGGCCCGCAGGUGGUAAGGAGGUGGAGUUGCAGCCCCACCCCCUCCCCAUUUAUCAUCCUGUCACAGACCAAUCAGACGGACAAACAGACAGACAAGGUUCCCCCCUCCCUCUUUCCCCUCUCUCUUUCCUAUUUUCUCCCCAUCCCACUCCCUCCCCCCUCCCUCCCCUGUCUCCCCCCUCCUCCCCUGCGACCAUGUUGUGGUCACUCUGCUGCUGGAGAACCUGAGGAACCAGAUUCUGGAAGGUGACCCGGCUCCACCAGGGGACUUCUACCUGUCCCUGCUGGACCCUAGAACCCUGGCAGAGUGCUGGCCCCCAGAUGGCUUGAUGCCUGAGAGCAGCUACUGGCAGCUCUGUCCUCCCUCCAAAUCUGGCCUGCAGGGGGGGUUACUGAGCUCUAGUUUCCCCCCUGGCCCCAUCCCCCUGGUGCCCCCGGAUGCCCACCUUCAGGAUGGAGCUGACUCCCUGGACGGGACCUCCUCUCAGCCCCAGCAUCACCGGCUCCUGGCGCCCAGUACCUCAGCAUCUGACCUGUCCCUUCCUGGAGCGGCCGGACCGCCCCCCCCAGGGCUCGGACCCCACCCCCCUCCUCCCCCGCCCCCCAAGCGUCACUGCCGUUCGCUGUCGGUACCAGAGGACCUGUCGCGCUGCCGAUACACAUGGAGGCCAAGCGCUUCACGGGUCUGGACACCUGUCAGUCGCCAGCAGUGCCACGGAGGCACUGGUGGAGGGGCUGCGGGUGGGGCCAUGGGGGGAGGGACCAUAGGAAUGGGUCCAUCAGGGGCCGGAGCCUGUCCUCUUCGGGCCCCCAGCUCGUCUCUGAACUCAUCACUGCAUUCCUCCUCCAGUCCCACCUUUUUCAGCCUUGCAUUGUCUCCAGACUCGCCGCUGCCUUGGAGCUUCCCCUGGGACCCCAGCGAGGCAGCAGCGGGGGGCGGAGCCUGCUGCUGCUUCUUCCCCUCUCCUUCUUCCUGCUCAUCAUCCCCCUCCCCUCUGCACCCUCCUCCACCCCCCCAGAGGCGCUUUUCCCUUUCUCCGGUGCUCAUCAGAGACUCGGCAGCCUCCACCAUCUUGCCACCGACCCCAGUGCCGAGCCAGGCAACGCCGCGUCUGCAGGGCUGCACCCCCACAGGCGGAGCUGCUGGGGGGGUGGCGGUACCUGCCUCCCCCUCCUCUGCGUGCAGCACGCCAUCAUCUCUCCGCCGAAACCUCCCUCCACAGUUGCCGCGCUGCCACUCGCAGCCCUGCGACCUGCUCCUGCUGAAACCUGGUUUGAAGCGGCGCCGUGACCCCGACCGGCCCUGCGCCCGACCCGUCCUCGACUUCACCAAGAUGACCCAGACACGCAGCAUCGACCCGCAGUGCCUGGAACGUGGACCUGGGAGGUUGUCCUGCGGUGGGGACAUCUGUAUGGGUCUGGAGACCUUCAUGGGGGACUUCCGGCGCUCCUGUUCGCCAGCCGAGUGCCUGGGCCGGACCAGCAUCGGACCGCUGAGCGAGAGCGAUGAGGAGUGUCGUGAGGACGAGGAGGAUGAAGAGGAGGAGGAGGCGGGUGAACGUGAGGCCGCGCAGCAGGCGGUGUUUGAGAGGGACUGUACAGAACUGGACCUGAACUUGAUAGAAGAAAACUGACCGGUCUGUAAGUGAAGGCUGUUCUGUUUUUUUUAUUGAGUUUUAUUUUGAAAGGAUCUGACCCCACCCUCCUUCCCGGAUUGCCAUCAUCCCGGCACUCCUCUCCACCAAUCAGCAAAGCUCUCAGGAACAACAUCUUGUCCCCUUGGAAGAGCUGAUGAACGACAGUUAUGAUGUGGCUGCCUGCGGCCUCACCUGCACAGGUAUGCUCCAGUCCAGGUGCCGCUCCGCAGCCGACCUGAAACCACAUCACCACUCGUACCAGGACCUGUCCAGAUACUCAGACCAGGACCCAGGCGGUGUUCAGGCUGAACCAGAACGGCUUAGUCUGGAUCCAAGCCUCCUGAACCCUUCAGAACAACAACUAUAAUUAUUAUCACAUUUAACAGACUGUUGGUGCUGAACAAGUGAUCAACUUCACUGGAAAACCAUUUUUAAUGAUUAUCUCUGAUUCUGACGGGUCACUCUGAGUGUUUCAUGCAGGCUGAACAUAAAAAUAGUCUCCUACAUCUAUCUCCUGCAGUAGCUUCUGAUAGAAAACAGAAACUCUGGGAUAGGAAAGCCUGACAGAUCUACGUCACACUGUCACUAACGUUCAUGCACGAGAGGCAGGUUGCACCAAGUAUUCCAGCCUGGAUGUGUUUCCUGUUUAAAGCAUCAGAGCUGAUUUUAUUCUGUUGUUAACGACAUCCUAAGACCCAGACCAGCUGAUCUGGUUUACCUUGUUACAGGUAAAAGGGAAUUUUAGCUGAAACCAAUCUUUGUUUGGCUUUCCUUAAAUUCUCCCAAAGUUUCAAUAGUUUUAAAUGUCUUAAAGAGCAAGUCACCCCCUACCAGGGUCUGACUCCACUCCCACUUCCUUCAAAUGCUGUUGCCUGGCAGACAGAGAGGGCGGAGCCGCUAACAAAUGCACACAGGCUCACAACGGCAUUGUGACAUUAUAAUGUACCAGCUAACGUCAUAGUGUACCUCUGAAGCCUGGGGCACACCGGAGAUAGAUGCGCCGCAGUUUUGAGAUGUCAGCUGGUGACAGGACGCGCCACGCCGCCGUGCGCUUCUUCGAAAGUCGCACCAAAGCCACAGCGUCACGCGGGACUCUUUUGUUUUUACGUGAUCAGACUUGCCGUCGUGUUUUGUGAGACUAAUUCAUUAAAAAUGGUUAAGCGCACUAUUUAUUAGUAUAUUUUAAGAUCAGUAGUACGUAAAGUUAUCAAAACCAUGGCUGGGUUUGUGCCGUGGAGCCGUUCCUCGUCGUAUGUCUGUUGUGAAGAACUCCACAAUGCUGUAAACAGCCACGGCGCUUGAUAAAGAACUGGUGCCAAUCUUCAGUGCCUCCGGUCCGUGGAGCUCCCUGUGUAGCCACUCUCAUUAAUGCAGCGGUGCUCAAUGGCCGCCCGCGGGCCGCGUCUUUGUGCAGCGUUUUUACCUGAAGACGGCGCGACACUUGACAGUUUUAGGCAGAAUGUUUAAAUUUGAACUAAAAUGCACUAAAGUGCCAAAAUAUUGAGCACAUGUGUCCACAGCACUCAUUUACAGUUUAUCAGCAAAAAGGGUGGAUUUGAGGGUAACUUGCUCUUUAACUUUUAUUCUGAAGGUCUCACAUUUUGCCUGAAUCUGGAAGAUGUUUAGUUUUACCUGCACAGCCUUAAAACAAACACUUCCUGCCUGAGUCAUGUGACCUGGUCGUGGUGAUGUGUUCAGGGUCGCUGCUGUCCUGUCGAGGCGCCUGUAAGUCUUUACUGAGGGCACGAAGCCACUGAUGCUGUUGUCUGCCUGAGCUUUUGCACAUUCCUGUUGGACGUGUUCACUGAAAACACUGUGUGUGUGUGUGUGUGUGUGUGUGUGUGUGUGUGUGUGUGUGUGUGUGUGUGUGUGUGUGUGUGUGUGUGUGUGUGUGUGUACGUGAGCUCAGACAUCCCUUGGUCAUGUGAGUUUUGUGUUGAGACAGUUAACAUGAAUUGUGAUUAAAUGCUGAGGUAUAAAGUUAAAACAAGCAAGUGCCCCCUAGUGGCUGGCUCCAGUAAGGUUUAAAACCCCACCCACUCCACAAAACCGAGUGGGACGUUUUCCUGACUUUAAAGUAUACAGUUCCUCAGGCAUUGAGCUGGAAUUUGUUAUUUAUGUUUAAAACACAUUAAUGUUGUGUAGAUGAGGAGGCGGGGCUUUCAGCUGGGAGAGGCGGAGUCUCACAUACUGAAGUCUCAGGCUCCAGGUUCCAUCAUGGCUUCACUUUUCCCUAAAAGGGGAUUGCAAUGGCCAUCUUUAUCUUUUAUUUAUUUAUUUUUUACUUAUUUCUUAUUAAUUUAAUCUGAGUUUGAGUCCAGAUCAGCUGCUGAUAAUCUGAAGCACUUUUCUAAUUACUUAAUGAAACCUGAUUAAGUUUGGCUGAUUGAAAGCCUACAAAACAUGGAGGAGGCGGAGCUGGUGUGCGAUGUUCCACUUCAUCACCAAGGGGUGGAACAAGGGCUAUCUGAGGAACUAUAGGGAGCCUAAAUCCUGCCCACCUACUUUCGGACCACGGGUCCCCAGAAGAACGAGAAAAUGACGCAAGUCAACGGGGCUGAAAACGCUAUUUUCUAAUUCCGCUUGUUCUGCGCCAUGGAUUUCACACAUGAUGCUCGUGAAUUUUAAAGACGCAUUUUGAUACCAAGAACGCGCUUAUUUUGGAACUUGGGAACAAUAUUUUAGGUUUUGUGUGAAAAUAAGUCCAGGACUACAAAUGCACUUCGGGAAAGUGACGUCAUCGAACCAGACACGGAGAAAAACAGGGAAAAGGGCUGUAGGUUCAGCGAACUUCAAAUCCUUCCUCCAGGAGGAAACCACCAUAAAUCUGGUCACGUGGUACGUAGCAGCUACGCUAGGGGGGAGGAGAUUCUGUGACGUCACAUAUGCGAUUUUCACAAGUGGAUUCAUUUCAAAGCACGUGACUGGCGUGGUCGAAACACCCACCAUUAGUUUUCAUUUAAAUUGUGUGUGAUCCAGGGCGUGAGGCUAAGUGGGCCAGAAAGCUGUUUUAGCCCCGGUCAGGGACCCAUGAGCCGACACUUAGGCUCCCUAUUAACUCUUUAUUUUAGAUAAAUCGGUCCUCGACCCCAGAACAUCUCUACUUUAAAUUGGUUUUGUUUCUAAAACAUCUAAAGUUUGGUUUCUAGUCUGAGAUGAACAGAAAGCCCACGUCUGGAACAGGUGGGUUGUGAUGGGAGCUCCAGAGCCGCUCGCAUCCACGUGCUUGUAUUUGACUUCUAUACUUGUGUAAAAUUACCAGCAGCUGUCGGAGUGUUCUGGAGCUUCAAUGCCCUGCAAACAUCAAACCUUACUUUAGCUUUAGCGUUAGCUAAUGAAAUGUAGGCUAACGUUUUAUAAACGUUAGCCUGCUUGGGUCUGAAAACGUCGUGUUGGAGGAGCAGGAACCACCAACGAACCAAUGGUCCAGAGGGCGCUGGUGUGACUUCAGAUGGAAUCAUCAGUGUGCAGUUCCUCCGUCUGCCUUUGUGGGGCUGCGCUGCUCUUGGCGCGUGUUGGAAUUGUGAGGAUAAAUGGUAAAGUUUCAGGUCUUUUCCCGCCUCGUGUCCGCUUCAUUCCUGACUGCUUAAAUCCGGCUUCGGGCUCGGCACGUUUAAAGGAACGGUACAAACUUUUGAGAGCUUUUAUUUCUAUGUUCUGAUGAUGUUCCACCUCCUUUCUGUGUAUGAAGCGUGACGUCCAGCCGUGGUUUAAAGGGUCUCCCAGAACGUUGGCAGGCGGGUUUUUGUUCCACCUUCAUCUGAUUAAAACGCAAACCAGGAAAAGUCCCUCAGAUCCACCUGAUGUCCGAGUUUAAUGAAUAUCAUCUCGGUUUCAGUUUUUCACUCAAGCUAAGACAUCUUCUCCAGAUAUGUCCUGAUGAAGACGUCUGUCCCUGAUUCCAACCAGAGUCGUUUAGGAUGAAGGGCGUCUCUGUAGAGGAUCACAGUGUAGGGAGACAGUUAGUGUGGCUGUUUGCUACAGCUGGAGGAAUUUAAACUGAAAAACUUUGUUAAAGAAUUAAAGACCAGGUUCACUGAAAA